AUGAUUUUUCUGAAUGGACGCGCUGUGACAAGCCGGUCCCGCUCCCAGAAGAGCAUUGCUUUGAGUUCCUGUGAAAGCGAAUAUCUUGCGGCAGUUGGUGGAGGAGCAGAAGGCAUUCACAUUGGAAGGUUGUGGACAUUCCUUGUGAGAAAAGAGACUGAAGUGGAUGUGGUGACCGAUUCCAGUAGCUGCAGAGCAUUUGCCCAACGCCAAGGAGUUGGACGUCUCAAGCAUAUCGAGACGAAGUAUCUAUGGCUACAGCAAUGUGUCAAAUUGGGCAUGCUCACUAUGACUGGCGUGGCGACGCUUCUGAAUGUGGCUGAUAUCGGUACAAAGAAGCUUUCGAAACUUCGCAGAUCCUUUCUGAUGUUCCUCAUGGGCAUGGUGGUCUAUGACGAAGCGACCAAAUCCUAUGUGCCAGUCGGCGAAGCGGGGUUCAACGAAGAGAUGCGGAAGAAAGCCCUCAGCAAGAACAUGAAGGUUGUUCGCCAGGUGAUGCUCAACACGCUGAGCGAUGGUGCUGAAGGUCUUCAAGCACAGGUUUCAAAGCCGAUGGUUAAGUUGAUGACUUUGCUGGCUAUGCAGCCUAUGGUGGAUGGCUUCAACGCGGAGAUGGUCGAGCUCAAGGUGCUGGAGGUGAAGUAUGUGUACCUCGACUUCUUCAUGGACAACAAGGUCUUUGUGGUCUUCUACACCCUGGUCUUUGUCUUUAUUGGGGUUUGCAUUGGGUACUUCAUCCACAAGGUGGUCUACAUUGAGAAGGUGGUCUACAUGACACAAUGGUCCAUGCGGAUGUUGCGACGUCUACAUCGACGACGCGAACUUGCGUUGGUGGAUGAUUGGGACCCAAUGAACCACGAGCUGAAACAAUUGCGUGUUUUGGCCGAUGCACGAGAUGCCGAUUCUGGAGAAGAAUUCUUCCGUGAAACAGAGACAGGUUUGGCAAAGUAUGUGCGACCGCGCUUUGAAGCAAGGAGACGCCUGAAGGUGGAAGAGUUAGAUCCGCUGGAAGCAAGCAUGCUUGUAGACCCUCAGCUUUACCCAGAGUAUGCGGAUGAGAAUGCGGAGGAAGAAAACAAGACAGAGGAUGAACCAGUGGAUGCUCAGGUUCAAACUGACUUCUCACCGAUGGUUGAACAUCGAGGCCCUGAACCACAUGUUCCGCACGAGACCGUGGAGCUGCCUGGAUCCCCUCCUGGGACACCUGAUGAUCUUCCAGAUCUACCUCGAGUUGGUUUGGAUUGGCAAAAUUUGGAUGUGGCCGAGGAGUACUUCCCACGCCAACAACGUGAACGAACUCAACGCGUGCGUGAGGACAAGAUCCCAGAAGUUGUGAAACACCCGGACAUCGGCAAAUUUGUACAGGCUAUGUCCGUGACAACCUCCAGGACAACGGCCUGUCGAAAACUUUGCAGCAUUGCAGCGUUGGAGAACCAACAACCGUUUAUUGUGGAAGCUGGAGCAGCAAUUCUUGCAUUGCGAAUGUUGGGUUCCGCAAAGGCGGCAUCGUCUGCCGCAGCACAGUUGCUGGAGGCUCUGAUGAAGUAUCCAGAUGUUCGACAACAAUGUGUUGAAUUUCCUCGCAUUACCAAACUGUUGAUGGAGGUCAUGAGGGAUGCUCAAGUGGAGCAACCUGGGCGAUGCAGCGCUGCUGCUUUGCUAGUGAUGCUGCUUAGCUCGCCACGCAUAGCAGCAGCAUCUGCUUUUCUGAUACAUCCAGUUAUAUCGAUGAUGAGGGCACCCGAUUUUCCUCGAGGCAAAGAGCAUGCUGUGAAGAUGUUAGCAUCAUUGGCAGCAGUGCAGAAUCUUGCUUCGGCCAUAGCAGAUUCUGGCGCUGUGGCGGACCUUGCUGCUGCCCUAUCUGGGCCAGAGCAGCGUUGGGCAGCUUUAGCACUCUACCACCUGGCCCGAGGAGAGAAAGGCCGAGAAGCUGUUGACGGUGCACGUCCGGCUCUCGUCCAGCUGCUGAAAGAAAGUGUGGAAGCCCCUGCGCUUGCAGCUGCAGCUGAAGCACUCAGACAACUAGCAGAAGAGCCUACACAGAGGAAACAGCUGCGGAGCGAGGCUGCCGUUUUUCUGCCCUGCUUGUUGCCGCAGGACAAGUCCAUCUACCAAGAAGCUGCAGCACAGAUAUUGCUCAAUUUGCUGCAGGACCCAGGUGACCAUUCGCAAUCUGGCUAUGAUGAGGAUUUGGCAGAAAGACUUUCACUGGAAGCGCGGCGAGCGAAUAUUCCAGUAGAAUCAGGUGAAGGACUAGUCCAGCGUUUGCGGGAAUUGGUCAAGACCGAGGAUGAAAAAAGGCGCAUUUUGCUGGCAUCAUUUUGCUGA